GUGAAGACAGGGUCGGGAAUAAAAGACGGACAAAAAAAAACACAACAGGCGUUUGAGGGUGUGUUUUAUCAUGAAGAGGCAAAACGCGCGGACUCUGGCUCUCAUAGUCAGCAUCCUCACCUACCUGGUGGUGGGAGCCGCGGUAUUUGAGACCCUCGAGUCCAAACAGGAGAAAAGUCACAAGCGGAGACUCGACGCGCGGAAAUACGAGCUGAUGCGCAAACUGAACUUAACCAAAGAAAACUUCGAGGAGCUGGAGUCCGUGGUGCUGCAACUAAAACCGCACAAAGCCGGGGUCCAGUGGAAGUUCGCCGGCUCUUUCUACUUCGCCAUCACUGUGAUCACUACCAUAGGUUAUGGCCACGCGGCCCCCAGCACAGACUCAGGGAAAGUCUUCUGUAUGUUUUACGCUCUGCUGGGGAUCCCUCUCACCCUGGUCAUGUUUCAGAGUCUGGGUGAACGCAUCAACACUUUUGUCAGAUAUCUUUUGCACCAAGCCAAGAAGUGCCUGGGCAUGAGACGAACUGAGGUCUCUAUGGCUAACAUGGUAACGGUGGGAUUCUUCUCCUGCCUCAGCACCCUCUGCAUAGGCGCCAUCUUGUUUUCCCAAUCGGAGGGGUGGAGUUUUCUACAUGCUUUCUACUAUUGCUUUAUCACACUGACCACGAUUGGAUUUGGAGAUUACGUAGCUCUUCAAAAGGACGACGCUUUGCAAAAUGAUCCAAGAUAUGUUGCCUUCUGCUUUGUCUAUAUCCUCAUGGGGUUGACCGUAAUAGGGGCGUUUCUGAAUUUAGUUGUUUUGAGAUUUUUGACAAUGAAUACGGAAGAUGAGAGAAGAGACGCUAAACAGAAAGCACUGAUGACAAUAAAUAAACCAAGAGCAGAGGUGGCAAGACUUCUGCCACUAUCCACGGCCACCACACCUGUAGCAGAGACAAAAUCGAAAGAAUUAAAGGGUGUUUAUACAGAAGUUUUACAUUUCCAGACUAUAUGCUCCUGUCUUUGGUAUAGAAGUAAGGAGAAAUUGCAAAGCUCCUCGUCAAUGAUACCGGAACUGGCUAUUUCAGACCCUUAUCUUCAAACAGACAGCACAGUUCACUAUGUUGAACCAGGGACUACAGGCUGUAUGUGCUCGCCAAGACAAUGCACCAAUAUUAGCUCAAUAACAACAGGUUUCCUCUCUCCUUUUAGAGUUUUUAAGAGACGCAGCUCGGUGUAGCCUCCAUCCAAUUCAGCAGAUUGGACAACACAAUACAGCACUAUAUGCGGCCAUCUUGCCAAAAACUAUGACAGAAAUUUGGCAAGAGGCGCAAAGAGUGGGAGCGUUCGUGGUGCUAUAAACCCAAAAUUCAACAGGCGGACGCGGAGAGGGAGUGUGCCAUGUGCAGAAAAGUCCUGCUCAGAUAAUAUAUGUUUGAGAAGGAGUACGCACAUAGACUUUUAAGGGUUGGUCUAAAACUGUUGACAUGUGUGUCCUGUUAAAAAGACUAAUGCAAAGAGAUGACAACACUGGGGCUGCACAAGGUAUGACAAAUGUAGGCUUUAUAAAUCAGUAAGUGCAUUUUACUUGCUGUCUCCAUGGAGAUGUUAUUACUCUGCUUAAAAUGUUCCACAAUGUCACAUCAAACUCUAUAAUAAAAACUCUAACUACAUCUUACAUUCAUUCAAUUAGGUGUUUUAUUGCUUAUAAUACCUUGAAAAACUAAUUCCCACUCCCUUCUCCACAGAUCUGACCUAUAACCUGGCUUGGUUGUGCCACUUGUUUGUUUCUAUGGAGACAGAUAAGUUUGCUGCCAUACACUGUGGAAAAUUUUCAGGCAAAGCAGUAACAUCUCCAACAAGCAGGAAAGUUAAGUUUAAGUUUUUUAUUUUAUUUUGAAAUAUGGUCCAGCCCUUGUGAUUUAAAAAUGUGGUGUACAGUGUCAACAUCUCAAACCCAGAGUAUAGUUGGACGUGAAUGAGAGAUUUCAUUAGUCAUGGCUUAAUCACAGUCUUUCUAUUGUUUACCAAGAGAGACCAAAAUCAGCGAUCCGGCUGUUCUCUCCCAUCUGAAAGAAGUCAGUCCCAGAAUGUUGUAAGGACUCCAAUAAUGUUACCCAGAGGUUUCGUUGCAGUUUAAAUGUUGUGUUUUGUUGUUUCUGUUAACCCCGGUACUGCAAAAGGUAAAUACUGCUGAAAUGAUACUGGUGUGUGCUAUAAUAACAAACUAUCCCACACAAGCGAUCAGUGGUUUCAGAGUAAUGGAAGAUCUUAAUGUAAUUGCAACUCACAAUUUAAAACAAAAUAAUAUAUCAUUUAAAUGCUGAAAAGUUCCCAAAAUAUCAGUUGAAAUGCAAUGGUAAAUUAAUAGUUAACAUAUGAGUAUAUCUUCGUAUAUAUGUAAAAUCCAUUUAUUUUGGUAGCUGUGCGUUUGACUCUAUAAAUUUGAUGCACACAUUGGAAAACUUUUUUGAAGAUAAAAUGGCAAACACAAAACUCCAUUCGAUGGAGACUGUAUUGAACCAGUACAGAUCAGUAAGUUACAGUUUAAACCAGGUCGCUGUCAUGUUUUUGUGUUUUUAAGCUGAAAUGACUGUAACUCAAAAUGACUCAAAGUGGAGCGGCCUGUUGUUGUGGGCAAAAUUAUGUAAUGAAACAAAGUUCAGAAAAUCACAAACUGGAUGGGCCAAUGGACUCAGAAAACUCACAUAAGUAGAAAUGUGAUUCUUGCAAUAACAGCGCUGAUACUAAACAAAUGCAGUGACACUAAAACAUAAAAACAUCCUACUGUACUGUACCAGUAAAGCCACACUAUGUAACUUUACAUGGUGCCUAGUCCGCCACCUGUUUGUAUACAUGGAGAUGUUAUUGGUUCACUUGGAAUGUUUCACAGUAUGACAUUAAUCCAUCUGGUAUUUAUUAAAUUGCAGAUGUUUUCUUGCAAAAAUACCUUGAUAAAUCAUCCAUGAAUUUAUGAGUGGGCUUGCCGCUCUCCACAAUUUGUCACCUGCCUGUCUCCAUGGAGAUAGAGAGUUUAAUCACAUACUGUAGAACAUUACAGCCAAAGCGGUAACAUCUCCAUGGAACAAGCAGAUGGUGGACUCUCUGCCAGAAAAGUGAUAUAGAGCACCUUUAAGACCACUCUCCAAACUCAUGCAAAAUUGCUUAUUCCUUUUGAUGCUGACCAGAGGAGGGAUCCUCUGACCAUUUAGCAAUCACAAUCUAAUCCCUAUAAACUGAAGUAGCGGGUUUUAUAACAACCCUGUAUAUUUAAAGCUGUACUAUGUAACUUGUCUCCAUGGAGAUGUUAUUGUUUUGUCUGGAAUGUUCCAGUAUGGCAUUAAACAUAUCCAUCUUGUAUUUACUCAAUAACAUGUUUUUAUUGACCUAAAAACAUGCAUUCUUACUGUGAGUGGGCUUGCCUCUCCACAGAUCAGACAUGUAACCUAGCCCUGUGGCGUCAACUGUUGUCUCCAUAGAGAUAAAUAAAUGUAAUGCCGCAGAGUGGAACAUUCCAGGCAACAACUCCAUGGAGAGAAGGAGGUGACUGACCCUUCACCAGAAAAGUUACAUGAUCCACCUUUAAAACAUGUCUUAUUUAUUCUUGAAUUAUCUUCACUCCACUGAAAAAAAAAAAAAGUUCUUGGCAAUGCAAUAACUUAGAAAAGUCAAAUCAAAUGCUGUUUACUUUCAUAUGAGCACAAGGCUUAAGGACUUUUGUCAUAAUUAAAGAAUGUACAUUUCUUUUGCUUAUUGGUUAAACACUUUGCAUAAGAUCUCCUCAUAUAUUAAUAAGCAAUAAUGACAAUAUGAGCCAAAUCAGUAUGUUAUUUUCCCCAGCUCGUGUAUAGCGCUGCUUGUUUGAAUAUAAGUCCAAGCUGCAUCUGCACAGAGCUAUAGAUGGCACCUAUUUUAAGCCAGCGUUCAGAGUGGCAGAUGGGAGGGGCUUUACAACUCGGGACAAAGGAUAAUGAGGCACUUGUCAAUCAUCUGCAAUUACUGUAAAAGUCUGUCAAAGGAAAAAUCCAUGUUUCUCACAUUUCUCUGUCCAUUUUACAGCGAACAUGUGUUGAUGUUGCUUCCUGUUAAGUUUAAAUUAGGUUGGUAAUUAGAUCUUUCACAGUGGACAAAAACUGCAUUUCAGAUGCUAAAACUAGAAUAUCCCAGUACUUUAUGAAGAUUUAACACACAAAUAGAAUGCACAUUUUUAGAAGAUUUGUUUUAAAAUGUUGAAACUGCAUUUUUCAGACUUUUGUUG